AUGCCGCUGGAGUCCGUCUUCGGAGAUGGCGCGGCGGGUGCUGGAGAGUUCGUUUGCUCAUGCAAAUGGUGCAAGCGGGACCAGAACACGCCCCAGCCGCUGAACCAUCUGAAGGAGAGGAAUCCGUUCUUAUGCUGGCGCCGCCAGGGAGGGCGGGAGUGCAGCAUUUGCCCGAACAUGAUAGCUGCAGACCCAGACUACAAGAACAUGAACAGGCAGGUUCUCCUGGAUUCUGUGACGCCAGGCCAUGAGUCUUAUUCCGAGGAAAACCAGAAGGCCCUCGACGGUAAGCUCGCGAAGUACGAGUCGGACAGGAACACGAACGGGGGCAGGGUGCGGGCAACCCCCAGUGGCCGCCAGACCGUCCAAGCACGCUCGACGGCGAUGACCGAGAGCCGGAAGUUCGUGGGCUACUUGUGGCCCACCGCGUACUGGUCUGAGAACAAUGGUGGGGCCAAGCCCGACCGGAAGCAACUCGGGAGUACGAAACAUCAAGGCAAAAAGGUCACCGGCGUCUGGAUGAAAGAGGCCGGCCCAGACCCCACUCGUGCCAUCGAGGUGUGGACUGUCAGCCAGGACGCCGUCGACCGCAACGGCGAGCUCGCGUCCACGGCGUACGGCGACAUUGCAGACGUCGACAAAGCUCAAGAGCAAGCUUUGAAACGGGUGAGGGUCUCCUCAACCGAGAAGGACGGGGCCCUGAAAGUGACCAGUGGGCGUGGCCACGCUGCUGCGGGCGACGUGGAUGCGGACGACCUUUUUCUGGAUUCCGUGUUCAGCAGGAAGCAUGGGGCGAAUGGCAGUGGGGGCUCCCGCAGCGACGAAGCGGAUUGCGACGGGGAUGCGGGCACCGGUGGCCCCCCCGCGGACGAGGGGGAGACGGCGCCGACGAGCCCGAGGGCCAGACCCAAGGCAAAGGCUAAGGCAAAGCCAAAGCCAAAGGCCUUACCCGAGCUAACCCCCGUGAAGCAAUGGUCAAAGACGGUUGUGCAGAAAGCUUUCAACGAGUCCGAGCAGGCCUCGUUGAAGUGCAAGCAGUUCCGCCAGAGUUUCACCGACCCCCGCCUGGUGCUCACGCUGACCGCCAAGACUGUGGAGACUUUGGUCGCUGCCGUGGAGAAGCGGCUCACCUCGGACUUGAUCAACAUGUACUCGUCGAACUACUCCGACACGGGCGCCGUCUUGCCAGGGGAGCCCGACGCAGAAUCCCAGGGCAUGCAGGUGUUCACCCAGUUGCGCGAGAACCAACGUUUCUUGCGUGUCGUGACGGGCUUGGUCACCAGCUUGCAGGCCACGCAGGGCGAGCUUGUCUCGGCAGAGAUGCUGAUGUCAGAGUACACGAAGGUGAAAGAAGCAAAGGUGGACGUGACGGACUACAUCCUGGAAGUGGUGGUGACGCGCGCGGCCAAGGCGGCGGGCCAGGAGAAAGACUGGGACCGCCUCGUGGACAUUCUUAAUCCAACGUCCUCGAACGACCACGGCCUUCCGAUCGUCGCGCUCGACGACCGGGCGGCCCUGCAGAAGAGAAUCUUGCUGGAGUAUGUCUUGGGCUUCGCCAAGGUGGAGCCGGACAAGACGAAACCGACGGAAUGCACGAAGGUGGCGGACGCCAUGGCUGGCAUGGGGGCCCUGCUCUCCAAAGUGCCUGUGGCUACGGAGGUCGGGGAGAACCCUUUCAUCCUGGACGCUGCCUUCAAGGACGACCUCGAGAAGUUCACCCUGCUGCUGCGCGCCCCCGCCCUCGAGGACGGCGAGUUGUUGACGCGGGCUGAGGUGGCGCGGGACGGGCUAGUUGCGAACAAACAGGGUGCCUUCUACAAGGCGGUCACCUUGUACAGUACUGGCAUGGCCGCGCGAGUCGAGGCGGAGAAGGUUUUCGAGCGCAGGCACGCCGACAAGGCGAACAGCGUGAUCUUGCAAGAGUUGGUUGCGAAGGUCGAUGCUUUGGCAACGGCGGCCGCCAACGUCGCCAGUUUCACGGUGGUGACGAAGGUGAAUGGCCAGUCAACCCCAUCGGGCGUGAAGCUGCCGCAUCAUUCGGACAUCGCGGACGCAUACAAGAAGUUCACGGGCAUCACGUCUACUUGCUCCUCGGUUUUCACCAAGGUCUCGAAGGGCGACCUUGCCCGGGUCGAACAGUUGCUCGGCAGGUUCGUCGUUUCGGCAAGGGAAGCGUCCAAGGCCGUCAGGGAUAGCCGGGCCGCGGCGGCGGCGAAAGUCGCCACCCCGAUCUUCAACAAUGCUUUUGGCGAGGAGGGAGACGUGACCCGAGUGGAGGAGGCCAUCGGCGGCCUGACGUGCGUCCCAGCGAAGGACAUGGCUUUCCUGGCAGGCAUUGGCGGCACCGAGGCCGCCAAGGCGUACGAGGAGGACGUGGCUAAGUUCGAUGCGGCCGCAGCUGACUUGAAGGCGGGCGUCCCCUGGCUGCAGAACCUCUCCCAGAACAACGUUGACAUCUUGGACGGCAAAGGGAAGAAGUUCCUCGCCGCCUUGACGCUCCUUGCCGAGUGGCUUGCUGGGGCGACGGAGUUCAAUGCCUUCCAGCAAGCAGUGGUGGCUAAAGUUGUCGAGGGGGUGCGCGCCCGUCUCACCAGCGGCCUCUCGACGAUUUCUGGCUUCGUUACGGCGAUGUCGAAGAGUGUGGAGGACGUAGACGUCGCCUCGAUCACCACGUCGCUCGUCGACGCGGCGGCGCCGAAAGCUUUGGUGAAGGCGGCCAGCGACGAGGACGCGCAGGAUUCGGACCAGCUCGGCAAGGUGGCAGCCUUUGCAGUCCAGUGCGCCUCCUUCGCCGGCAUGUCCGCAGACAUUACGGUGGGCGACGGGGCAGUGGCAUUCCCCGUUUGCUGCGCCAGCCCCCAGCUUUACAAGGCAUGCCGCGCGGCGCGGACCUUCCACCAGGGCCUCCUGACGGCGGGCUUCUCCCAGCUAGCUCCCCUUCGGAACGCCUUGGCGGCCAUUCACGCAGCCUCAGAGGUCCUGCGCGCCGACGUCGUCCCGCAGUUCGGCGGUUUGGCGGCGCACGUCGGCAAGGUGCAGGGACACGUCGAGACGGCGUGCCGCGGGGCGCUGGAGACCUGGCUGGCUAAGCAGGCGGAGUCUUGCAGGGAGGCGGUGGACCGCGUGAGUAAGGCGCUGGAGGACCCAGACUGCCAGGCCUUGGUGAAGCGUUUGGGGGCCGCAGAGAUUGACGUAUCCGAGGUGAAGAAGGCCCUCGAGCACGAGUGCGUCACCAACCUCCACGAGGCUAUGAAGCAGGUGCGGGUGCUCGAGAAGGAAGCCGACUUCUCCUACGUUGCUGGCUGGCUCAACACAUACAAGAUGUUCGACGGCAUCCUUCUGCAGCGCACGCAGGAGGAAGUCGCGGACGCUUUCAAGGAGGAGUCCCCGCAGCUGAAGGCGGCGGGAUCUGUUCUGGCGGACUUCACGCUUGCGCAGAGCACGGUGCGGCCGCUAGGCCCCGGGGAAGUCCGCCACGACCUGGUUCAGAGGAUCCUGGGCGGCUUGAAGAAGCGCAAGUGGCACGCCAUCAGCCCAUCCUUGCAGGAGCGGCUCGA